AUGUCGCAGUACGACACGCGAACAACUGCCUUUUCGCAGGAAGGGCGCAUUUACCAGCUGGAGUACGCUGCGGAGGCGAUCAACAGCGCGUCCGUGUCCUUCGGAUUUCUGACGCAGCAGGGCGUGAUUUUGGCUGCGCUGAAGAGCAACAGCUCGCCGCUGCUGGACGAGGCGCUGUACCGCGACAAGAUCUACGUGGUCGACGCGCGCACGCUCUGCUGCAUGGCCGGCUGGUCGGCGGACGGCUCCGUGCUGCUGCAGAUGGCGCGCGAGUCGGCGCAGGACUACUUCCGCACGAUGAACGCGUGCAUGCCGACGGAGCUGCUCGUAAGCCAAAUUUGCCGCGUGAAGCACUACUACACGCAGUACAACUCGCUGCGCCCGUUCGGCGUGUCGUUUCUGUUUGCGGGCUACGACGACUCGAACAAGCUGCAGUUGUACUUGACGGACCCCGCCGGCAACGAAAGCAGCUGGAACGUGAUCGCGAUUGGACAGAACAACCAGACCGUGCAGAAGAUUUUCGGCGACUACUGGAAGCCGGACUUGACGCUCGAGCAGGGGCUCGACCUGGCCUGCCGCAUUCUGAAGACUGUCAGUACCGACCCGGACAAGAACGCCGUGCAGGCCGAAAUCGGCGUCGUGUGCGUGCAAGACGGCCGCGCCGUACACCGUCUGCUGCCUGCGCAAGAGGUGCACGCGUUGAUCGCAAAGGCGCAGAUGAUUGACGACCAGUCCUACCGGAAAAUGUAG